GGCGCAUGUACGCUCGAGGCAGGGGCAGGGGGAGUAACCACUCCUACCAACGUACAAGCACCUGCGCAGCCAAUGCAGAUGAUGACGGUACCAGUUGUGGCGCAGCCAGCUAUGCAGAUGCAACUGCCCGCGGGCUUUUUUCCAUCGGGAUAUGGGUGGCAGCCAUCACCACCACCCCCGAAUUGGGGGUAUGGACAACGCCAGCCAAGCGUGAACUCCUUCCCGGGACCAGGACAACGGGCUUGGUUCACGAAGGAGCAUCUUGAGCUGAUCGAGAAAUGGAAGUCGAGAGAUCUGGUGGAGGAAUCGAAGAAGUCUUCAUAUGGAGAAUCGAGUGGCGCGGGAUCUGCGAAAGGAAGAGGGAAGAAAGGGGGAGCAAAGGAUAACAAUGGCGAGAGUGAGUUUAGGAUUAAGGCCUUGAUUGCGAGCACCUUUGAAAGCUCCUUGAAGAAAAUUGCGGACAAACUGGAGGACGUGGAUCAGAAAGCAUCAGUGGUUCUGGACGUGAAAGGAAAGAAGAAGAUCAAAGAGGAGCAGUGUGAUGAUGGAGGAAGUAGCGAGAAGCGAAAGCGAGAAUUCGGCUCACCUUUGAUUGCAAAACCAAGGUCGAAGUCGAGAUCGAAAAGUGCUGGCAGAAAAGUGAAGAUCCGCCCUUUGCCAAUCAAUAUCUCCGAUGAUAAAGAUACUCGGGGCAACAUGGAAGAGGUUGGGAACGCAGCAGAGGACGCCAAGAUGGACGAGAUUAAGGAUAUGCUACAAACCUUGAUGAAGGGAAUCGGCGCUAAUUCUACCGAGAAGAAGAGCAACACGAUCGAAGCAGCAACGGUGGUCCAGAACGCUGACAAGGUGUUGAUCGAUGAAGAGGAUUGGAGAGAGAAAGGCAAAGAAACAGACUCGCAGAACGAAGUGGUGCAGUACAUGAGGUGCAGACUGGACAACUACAUGACAAAAAAUUACAAGGAGAUCAAGGCGUUGUGCAAGAGUCGGGAUGUGAGAUGUGCGCGGAAAGAUAAAGGAGUCUGGGAACUAGCCAAGCAAGCCACGGACCAGUUGACGAAGCUGGUUAACAAUUCAGGGAACUAGGCAUAUCUAAGCGUAGUUUGACAUGCCUCCUCGAGAAACUGAGCAUUUGGCU